UUGUAUACACAGAGAGAGAGGCUGGUGCAGCGGCAGCAGGAACCACAUGAGCAGCGGAAGGAGUCGCGAGAGGAGAGGCUUCACGGCAAAUAAAACUCCACGCCCCUCUCUGCCAAGCAUCCAUUUACUGGGCAGCUGAUGUCUGCUGCUUCACUGGAUGCGUACAGACUCAGCAGUAAGAGAAGACAAAAAAACCCUAUAGUGCACCGGGGCUCUGGUGGAUUUGGAUUACAGCACUCAGACAGCAAAGUAUAUCGACCUUGCCACCGUGGAGAAGUCUUUCAGCAGGCACUAGAGCAUUUCUGAAGAGGUUUGUUGCAUCAUUCGUGCAAGAAAUGUCCACUCUGGUUAUACUUAAGCUCAGAGGGAAGGAGUAUUUAUAACACAGAAUCUAACUGAAGCGUCUCUUUGCUGUGUGAAAUCUGUCUGAGGAGGAUCUGGAGAAUUUCAUAGACUCAUCCAACCGAUUAACACGGAGGAGUGGCUUAAGAAAACUGCAGUCUUUCCACUUUAUCUUCCUGGGAUUCUACAGGUUGCUCUCCAGCUUUUGGUUCAGACUAAGUUUCAAACAUGACCACCAUGCAAAAGCUGCUGCAGCUGCCGGUGAACGCGGUGAACAUCGUGAAGACGGUGCAGAGUCAGGUCCAGGGCCAGGAGGAGGACAAGAGCCCCGUGCUGAGCCCUGACAGUGGGCAGCAGGCCUGGUACAGUGCUCUGCAGCCUGAUGAGCUGCGCCACCUUCGAUCUGGAGGUACAGGAGGGGGAGGAGGCGGUGGUGGUGGAGACCACGAGGAACGAGCACCACUGGAGGAAGGUGGUGGCGGCAGUUUCCAAACUCAACCUUUGCGACAUGACGACUUGAAGGAGAUGCUGGACAGCAACAAAGACUCCCUGAAGCUGGAGGCAAUGAAGCGGAUCGUGGCUAUGAUCGCCCGAGGUAAAAAUGCAUCCGAUCUCUUCCCUGCUGUUGUGAAAAAUGUGGCCUGUAAAAACAUUGAGGUGAAGAAGCUGGUGUAUGUCUACUUGGUACGUUAUGCCGAGGAGCAGCAGGAUCUUGCUCUGCUCUCCAUUUCCACGUUUCAGCGAGGGUUGAAGGAUCCGAACCAGCUGAUCAGAGCCAGCGCGCUGCGAGUCCUCUCCAGCAUCCGAGUCACGAUCAUUGUCCCCAUAAUGAUGUUGGCCAUCAAAGAAGCUGCUUCUGAUAUGUCUCCAUACGUCAGAAAGACAGCUGCUCACGCAAUUCCCAAACUCUACAGUUUGGAUCCAGAACAGAAGGACCAGCUAAUUGAAGUUAUAGAGAAACUCCUCGCCGACAAAACCACGCUGGUGGCAGGAAGCGUUGUCAUGGCUUUUGAGGAGGUGUGUCCGGAGCGCAUCGACCUGAUCCACAAGAACUACAGGAAGUUGUGUAACCUUCUGAUCGACGUGGAGGAGUGGGGGCAGGUCGUCAUCAUCAACAUGCUGACCCGCUACGCCAGGACCCAGUUCCUCAACCCAAACAUCAAUGAGUCCCUGCUGGAGGAGGGAGGUGGCGGGGACAAGACCUUCUAUGGCUCAGAUGAAGAUGAGGACGAGGAGGAGGAGGAGAAAGAAAAUAAGGCAGAGGCUCCUGCCAUGGCCAAGAGGAAGCCGUACGUGAUGGAUCCAGACCACCGGCUGCUGCUGAGGAACACCAAGCCGCUCCUUCAGAGCCGCAACGCAGCUGUGGUGAUGGCUGUGGCUCAGCUGUAUUUCCAUCUUGCCCCUAAAGCGGAGAUUGGGGUGAUCGCCAAGGCCCUGGUCCGCCUCCUGAGGAGCCACAGUGAAGUCCAGUACGUUGUUCUGCAGAAUGUGGCAACAAUGACGAUUAAGAGAAGGGGGAUGUUUGAACCGUACCUGAAGAGUUUCUACAUCCGCUCUACAGACCCAACCCAGAUUAAAGUCCUUAAGCUGGAGGUUCUCACAAAUCUGGCCAACGAGACAAACAUUUCCACGAUUCUCAGAGAGUUUCAGACAUACAUUAAAAGCAUGGAUAAAGACUUUGUGGCUGCCACAAUCCAAGCCAUCGGCCGCUGUGCUACCAACAUCGGCGAGGUGAGGGACACGUGUCUGAACGGCCUGGUGCAGCUGCUGUCCAACCGAGACGAGUUGGUCGUAGCCGAGUCGGUGGUGGUUAUUAAGAAGCUGCUGCAGAUGCAACCGGAGAAACACAGCGACAUCAUAAAGCACAUGGCGAAACUAACAGACAACAUCCAGGUGCCGAUGGCACGGGCCAGUAUCCUGUGGCUGAUCGGAGAAUACUGUGAGCAUGUACCUAAGAUUGCCCCGGAUGUCCUGAGGAAAAUGGCGAAGUCGUUCACUAACGAAGAGGACAUUGUCAAGCUACAAAUCAUCAAUUUGGCCGCCAAGCUCUAUCUCACCAACUCCAAACAGACCAAACUGUUGACGCAGUAUGUUCUCAACUUGGCCAAGUAUGACCAGAACUACGACAUCCGUGAUCGGGCGCGCUUCAUUCGCCAGCUAAUCGUGCCCACCGAGAAGAGUGGAGCUCUCAGCAAGUACGCUAAGAAACUGUUCCUCGCCCUCAAACCUGCACCGGUCCUCGAGUCUCCAUUUAAAGAUCGAGACCACUUCCAGUUGGGUUCAUUGUCCCACUUGCUGAAUGCCAAGGCUGGCGGCUACCAGGAGUUGCCUGACUGGCCCGAAGCCGCCCCAGACCCCUCCGUGCGCAACGUGGAGGUGAAGGAUUCUGUAUUUACGCUGCUUGAAAGAGUCACAACAUUAACGAGUGUGCCUGAAUGGACCAAAUGCAGCAGCCGAGAGAAGAGGAAGGAGAAGAAAGUGGAGAAGCCGUUCUACUCUGACUCGGAGGGCGAGUCGGGGCCAACGGAGUCAGCUGACAGUGAGUCGGACUCUGCCAGCGGCUUGGAGAGUCGCAGCGCCAGCGAGGAGAGCGGGUCAGGAUCAGAGAGUGAAGAGAGUGAGGAAGGCUCUGAAUCUGAGGAAGAGGAGGAGGAUGAGGAGGAAAAGGACAAGAAGAAGAAAAAGAAAGAAUUAAAGAAGCCAGUGCAAGAAAGCGAAAGCGAGCAGAGCAGUGAAGAAGAAGAGAGGAAGCACGAGAGGAAGAGUAAACAACGUAAGAGCGACUCGGAGUCCGAAUCUGACGAGGAGGAGAGCGAGUCUGAAAGCAGUCAAUCAGAGUCUGAAGACUCUGAGUCUGAGGCAGAAGUCAAAAAGAAGAAAAAGGCAGCUGUAUCUAAACUUCCUUCUAAGCCUGUCAAGAAAGAGUGCAAGACGGAGAAGAAAGAAAUGUCUCUGCUCGACCUCGAUGAUUUUGAACCUGCUCCCUCUCCUCAAGUCACACCCGUCAACACCUUCCUGUCCAACAGCCUUGUGACAGACCUAGAGGGACUGUCUUUGUCUGACGCUGUUCUCUCUCCGGCAACCAUCGCUCCCUCCAGUGCACUGAAGAGCUACGAGCUGCUGCACCGGAUCACAGGGGAGGGCCUGUCGGUGGAGUACUGCUUCAGCCGACAGCCGUUCAGCCCCGAUGCGAACAUGGUGGCGGUGCAGAUGCAGUUCACCAACAACGCCACCUCCGACACCAAGAACCUGCACAUGGAGGACGUGAAGCUCCAGUCUGGGAUGAGGGUCAAAGAGUUUCCUGAGAUUGAGCUGCUGCCAGCAGGUGAGACGGCCACAGCUGUGAUGGGCAUCGAUUUCUGUGACUCAACACAAGCGGCGAACUUCCAGCUGUGCACUCACACCAGGAAGUUCUACGUCUCGAUUCAGCCGCCGGUUGGGGAGCUGAUGAGGCCCGUCUUCCUGACAGAGAAUGAGUUUAAAAAGGAGCAAGGUCAGCUGAUGGGUAUGAACGAGAUCACGGAGAAGCUAACCCUGGACGUAAAGUGCCGGAACGAACACGCCAUCGUCCAGAGGGUGACCACCGCUGCCAACCUCAGCAGGGUCCCCUGCGGGUCAGAUAAAGAGUGCAGUCCUCCUGUUCCUCCUCCUGAUCAUCCUGUCCACAGGUUCGCGGGCAGGACGGUGACCAGCGGCAGCUUGGUGUUGGUCACCGUGGCGACCAAGGAGGAAGGAGCCGGCCAGCUGAUGGUCAACUGUGAGAAAAUGGUGAUCGGCACCAUGCUGGUGAAGGACAUCCUCCUGGCUUUGACGCAGUGAUGCGUGCCGGCGCUCGACCUUUUGCCCCUCUGCCCCCUCACUCCAACACACCUCUCACAUAUCGUCCGAGGCUCAUCACAGGUGUAGCAUCUCCUCCAUUCUCCUGUAAUCAGUGAGGAAGUUUCCAGAAUGUUUAAUUCCAGUUUGUUGUUUUGUUCAAGAGCCCUCUACUUUUAGAAAUGACUCCUAUAUUCAGUGAAUGCCACAGCUGUACUGUACGUGAUAUUUUUGACAAUCAGACAUGACUGAUAUGAAAUCCCUUGCCCCCUUUUAAAGUUUCUUACAUGCCAAUGUCCAAAAAUACUUAUUUGGAACAGACUUUCCUUCUUUGAGGAGCAAGGAAUUGGAUUUAUUGGAGAUAUGUGCAUCUUUUACGGGUUCAAAACCUUAGAUUUUCUUUUCACAAGGUCGAUUUACUGUUUUCGAAGCUUUCAACCACAUCUUGCGGCCUUUUUAAGCAGAUGGAGUUACUCGCUUGUCAUAGACUGAGACUGAAUGAAAGCAAGGCAAUUAUUUGUAGAGCACCUUUCAACAUAAGAUAUAAAAAAGUAUUAAGACAAGUUAUAAAAGAAACACGAGACAAUAUAAAAAGACAUAAAUAGGAUUUAAAAAGAGUAAAAUAAAAUAGAAGAUAAAAAUAAGCUAAAAUUGAUAAAACAGGAGAAUUAAAGUUGCAGCGCAGCUACAGUGUAGCAGCAGAUCAGGAAACAGGCGACAUCAGCUGUCUGUGAAACACCAGACUUAAAACCGGCCACAGCUUCAGCUGGGAAGAGCUCAAAGUCAGUGUUGACCGGAGAAAGAUAAAGGAGGCGAUUCACAUCCAACGAUACCCCCCAAAAUAUGACCACCUGUCAUAACGUGACCAUACUUACAUACUCCAUUUGCUGGCCAUGAGAUGCGGUUGAACGUUUCGAAAACACAAAGUUAGUGAACCUUGUUUUGAGAAUUUUUUCGUCGAAACAAAAGGAGGUCUUUCUCCAACCAUAUUCUGAGAAAAUCAAUUAAAAAAUGAUCCAGUUUCACUCAGAAAAUUUAGUUUUUACUGCUAGAGUUUUGGUGAAAUUAUUUAGAAUAAUUCCCAAUAAGUAAUUCUUAUUCUUUGACGAGUAUCACGCCAAUUUUCACUUUUAGCUUAGUUAUUAGCAGUCAGACUGUUUUAAGAUGAAGAUAAUAUAAAAGUAUAAAGUAAUAGAUUAUAUACUGUAGGUAUAAACUCCCCAAAAACACGUCACCACAAAAAACAGACCAUAAAAUCAAUAUAAUCAAUUCUCAUCCAGUUAUUUGACAUUUGUCAUUACUUGAAUGUAGCAUGAAGGUUCGACUGAGACAACAACUACCUAUAACUGAGUCAUUCCAUUUUGGCACAAUAAAUAUUGUUAAUAAUAACUCAACGCUCCUGGGAAUAAAGGAAGAUCUUCAUCUCAAAUUCUGCGAUUUUAGCAUUUGCCUGGCUGUCAUAGUGCACGUUCAUUACAAAAGUGGGGCAUUUAUAAAAACUGAAGAUGUAUAAAUGUUAUUGUAUGUAUUGCAACAUGUAAUACAGUACUUACUAUAGUACUUUACUAUAAGUAAAGUGUGUGUCUGUGUGUGUGUGUGUGUGUGUGUGUGUGUGUGUGUGUGUGUGUGUGUGACGACAUUGAAUAUUGACCUGGCAAACUUUAACUGGCCGUUUUCAAAAUGACACUUGACUUGAAAUCAUCCUGAAGCACAUAAUAAUCAUCAGUCCAGUGGACACAAGCAAGAAAUAAUUCUGAUGACUGCUACAAAGAUUCAAAAAUUAUUUGCCUGCCUUACAUUUAAUUGUAGAUUCAUAAAUUUGCCUAACAAACCAAUUUUCUAAUGCAAAUGUUAUUUGUGGCAGAUUUGCAGAAAAAUCUUAAAAAUUACUGAAACAAAUCAACUUGACAUUAGUCUCCAAAUUCUAGGGCUUCAACUAACAUAUAUAUAUAAUAUUUACAUUCGAGAAGCUGGAAUCAGUUUUUUUCUUCUUCGCAUUUUGGCAAAAAAAAAGAAUUAAACCAAACCGAUCAAAAUAGCUGCCAAUUAAUUUUCUGUCGAUCGACUAAUCGUUUUGCUUAUCAAAUUCAUGGUUGAAACUUUGCUUUUAGAACAAGGUUUAAUGGAUUUUUAAAGAAAUAAUUCGACAUUUUGGGAAAUGAGCUUAUUUGCUUCCUUGCCGAGAGUUAGAUGAGAAGAACGAUACCACUCGAAUCGCUACCGUAAGCUAAUGUCAGGAGGUGCUUAGCUUAGCUUAGCUUAGAACCGCUAUCCUGGCUCUGUCCAAACGUAACAAGAUAACACAAUUUGUCGUUUUUACACUCUGGUUUUUGUACGGAUUAAACGAACAUGAUGUGUUAAUUAGCGAGCUUUAGAGGUGGAUUUAGUUACUUCUGGACAGAACCAGGCUAGCUGUUUCCCCCCGUUUCCAGUAAUUGUGUUAAGCUAACGGGCUGCUCUCUUUAGCUACAUAUUCACUACACACAAACGUAAGGGUGGUAUCGAUCUUCUCAUCUAACGUUUGGCAAGACAGCAAAGAGGCGUAUUUCCCACCCAAAAAAAACUAAUUUAGGAUUAAAAUGUAGCCUUCCCUACCUAAACACGCUCACAGCUUAUAUUUAUUGGUAAACAAACUUUUCCCAAAUUUCAGUUUGACUCUAUGUAAAGGUAGAAUUUAGUUUAUGAGCAUGAAUUUUAAUACCUAGAGAUUAUAACUGAAAUAGUGCUUAUGAUAACGUCAAACAUUUUCAAGUUGAGUGAUGCCUUGAUCUCAUUUGUCAAGCAACACUGUUUUCAUGCCUUUUUAUAUUUUGAUUUCGAGUCAGAGGUCAUGUGGCUUCUCUUUUCUUAUGGACCCUCAUGUGUCCAGCCGCUGCACGUUUCUUAUCUUUAACACAUUAUCUGUGUAUUUAUUUAUUGUUUCUUUACUGUUUUACCAAAGGAGUACAUUACAGUCAAGCUUCAGCCCUCGUCAGAGAACCGAGCAGCAGCAAUGGACGGUUUUAUUUUAGCCUUUUUGUGCCCGUUUGCAUUGUUUACCAUUUUACCACACACACCUGAAAUUUCACUGCAGCACAGUCAUGAUGAAGAAUGUUAAGAGUAAGAAACUCUGCUUUUAAUGUAAAAGUCUACUGAAAAAGAGAAUGCUUUCAAGGAAACAGUUGGAUAAAAUAAUUUUCCAAAAUCAUAAUUCAUGUCUGACGAUUUGUUUUAUCUGCAUCUGCUAUCAAAUAUCCAAAAGUAUGGUUUAUCAUACUCUUGUGUGUGGUUGUGAAAUGUGAAGUAUUACAGGUUUAUUUAUUAUACAAAUAAAAAAUACAGAUACAUUGUCA